AUGCCGAUGAAGGUGUCGGAGGCCACAGUAUCAACCUUUGAUACUGUCUUUCAGAAGUUCAUAUCGGAAGCACCCAAAAACAAAGCCAAUCUCAUUCUCUUCUUGGCCGAUAAAGACCCUUCUACCUCUCUCAGCUGGUGCCCUGAUUGUGUGAGAGCUGAACCUGUGAUCUACAAGAAACUGGAGACCAGCUCAGAUGAUGUUGCACUUUUGAGGGCUUUUGUGGGAGACAGGCCAACAUGGAGGAAUCCCCAGCACCCAUGGAGAGUAGACUCCAGGUUUAAGCUCACGGGAGUUCCAACACUAGUCCUUUGGCAAAAUGAUGCAGUCCAGGGUCGACUUGAAGACCACGAAGCACACAUUGAAAACAAAAUCGAUGCCCUUGUUUCCGGCAUUUGAAGUGUUUACUGCUUCUCAUGCGUUGCUUGCAUUUUGCUUUUUCUGACUCUGUCCUUUCUUUUCAAACUAUGUACUACUUUUUCUUCUGUUUUUUCUCUCUAUCCUCCUCGCAAGGCUGAUUUGCUGUUGCAGCUUGGCAGCCAAUUAAAAUAAAAGAAAUUUGAUGCAA